AAAGUACUCUGCGGAAGUAGAUUGUCGCCAUUUCCGGUAGGUUCUCCAGACGCACUGAGUUAUAUUUCCAACCGCUCCUUGUGAAGGGGAAGGAAAGAUGUCAGGUGCUGGGGGAGGAAAACGUCCCUCAGGAGGGGACAGCCCCCCUGGCCCACCUGAGAAGAAGAGCAAAAAAGAGGAGAAAACCACCACCACUCUCAUUGAGCCCAUACGCAUAGCUGGAGUCUCCUCUACGGAGGAAAUGGACAUGAAGGUCCUCCAGUUCAAGAAUAAGAAGCUGUGUGAGCGCUUGGAGCAGCGGCAGACGAUGGAGGACGAGUUACGAGAGAAAAUUGAGAAGCUGGAGAAGAGACAAGCCACUGAUGACACCACCCUGCUGAUUGUCAACCGCUACUGGUCGCAGUUGGACGAGAACGUACACGUUCUACGCAAACGUAUUGAGCCAGAUGCUCCUGUGACAUCUACCCCGCCCGCGCCCCCUUUCCCUGAACCCACACCAACGGAGGAAGAUGGUGUCAAUCUGGUCUCACCAACUUCUGCUGUGCCUCCACCUCCACUCCCAGAGGGCCAGAAUGAGGGGGAGCAGGCAGAGCAGCAGGAAGAGCAGAAGCAGCCGCCACCUCCUACUGGGUCAGAAGAGUUGUUGACACCCACAGAGCCGCCAAAGGACUCAACAACAGAUUCAUCACUACCCCCUGCUCCGCUAAGUCACAAUGCCAAGGGCUUCCUGGCUACAUUAGAGCACAGCAGCGAGGAGGAGCUCACCCUGCACUUACAAGACCGCAUGCAAUUCAGCAAGGAAGCCAUUGCCUGCUUGGUCUGUGUCUUUGACAGGCUGCACAGCCGAAUUGACAACAUGUGCAAGCAAGUCCAACCUACAGCAUGUGAGGACGAUAGUCAGUCUGACAUCAUCCAUGUGAACAACACUCUGCUGGAGGAUAACACUCGACUGCGAGACCUGGCCACUCUGCUGCAGGGCCGACACCACAAGAUGUCCAUGGAGUACAAUGAGUUGGUGGACAAGGUGACCAGCUCUGAGACCAAAGUGUCAGAGAUGGAAACAACGGUGGAGGACUUGCAGUGGGACAUUGAGAAACUACGCAACAGGGAACAAAAGCUCAACAAACAUCUGGCAGAAGCCAUGGAGCAACUCAAGUCUGGAUACAGCAGCAGCGGCAGCUCAGGUGGACUUCCUGGAGGCCAGAUUACACUGAACAUUCAGAAGUUUGAGAGUCUCAAUGCAGAGCUGGAGCACAACCAGGAGUUGGCUAAUAGCCGCAUGGCAGAGUUGGAGAAACUGCAGGUGGAGCUCCAGGAGGCUGUGAGGGAGAGUGAGAAGCUCAAGAUGGACUUGCGGAAUAUUCCAGAAGAGGUUGUGAAGGAGACUCUAGAGUACAAAUGUCUACAGUCCCAAUUCUCGUUACUGUACAAUGAGUCCCUUGGGGUGAAAACCCAGCUGGAUGAGGCACGGGCCCUCCUGCUCACUGCCAAGAACGCCCACCUCCGACAGAUUGAGCACAUGGAGAGUGAUGAGCUGUCCCUUCAGAAGAAACUGCGGACUGAGGUAAUCCAGCUGGAGGAUACCCUGGCUCAGGUGCGCAAAGAGUACGAGAUGCUGCGCAUCGAGUUUGAGCAGAACCUGGCAGCCAAUGAGCAAGCAGGACCAAUCAACAGAGAGAUGCGUCAUUUAAUCAGCAGCCUUCAGAACCACAACUUGCAGUUGAAAGGUGACGUGCAGCGCUUUAAAAGGAAGUUACGGGAAACACAGAUGGAGAUCAAUAAGUUACGUUGUCAAAGUGGCGACACGGGGGUUCCGAUUCCAGAGGAGACGACGAGUGAAAGCGUUGACGUGAAGAAAGAGGAGGAUGAGGACCAGGAGGAGGAAGAGGAGAGGAGGAAGGAACUGGAGAGACAGCGGGCUCGGGAGAGGGAGAGAGAGAGGGAGACUGAGCGGGAACGAGAGAGGGAGCGGGAGAGAGAGAGGCAGCGCAGCGACGAGCUGAAGAGGAAGGACUCGGACACGCUGAAGAUGCUCAGAGUAGAACUCAAGAAAGCCCAGGAGUCCCAGAAAGAGAUGAAGCUGCUGUUAGACAUGUAUAAGUCGGCUCCAAAGGAGCAGAGGGACAAAGUGCAGCUCAUGGCAGCUGAACGGAAAUCUAAAGCGGAGGUGGAUGAGUUGAGGAUGCGAGUGCGCGAGCUGGAGGAGAGGGAGAGGAAAGAAAGCAAGAAGCUGGCUGAUGAAGAUGCCCUCAGGAAGAUUCGAGUGGCAGAAGAGACCAUCGAGCAUCUGCAAAAGAAACUCGCUGCCACAAAGCAGGAGGAGGAAGCCCUGCUUAGUGAGAUGGAUGUAACAGGCCAGGCCUUCGAGGACAUGCAGGAGCAGAACAGCCGCUUGUUGCAGCAGUUACGCGAGAAGGAUGACGCCAACUUCAAGCUGAUGAGUGAGCGAAUCAAAUCCAACCAGAUCUACAAGCUGCUGAAAGAGGAGAAGGAGGAGUUGGCAGACCAAGUUCUCACCUUCAAAACCCAGGUGGAUGCCCAGCUGUUGGUUGUGCAGAAGCUGGAGGAGAAAGAGGGCAUCCUCCAGAACACACUUGCUGCUCUGGAAAAAGAGCUGUCUGUUCGGUCACAAGCACUAGAACUCAACAAGAGGAAGGCGGUGGAGGCUGCCCAGCUGGCAGAGGACCUGAAGGUGCAGCUGGAGCACACACAGGCCAAGCUUAAGGAGAUCCAGGUCUCUGUGGCUGAGAACCGCAGUGCCCGGGAGAGGGAGAGCAGCAACCUGAAACGAGCACAGGAAGAUCUGUCGAGGCUGAGACGGAAGCUGGAGAAGCAGAAGAAGGUGGAGGUCUACUCCGAUGCUGAUGAGAUCCUGCAGGAGGAGAUCAACCAGUACAAGGCCAAGCUGCGCUGCCCCUGCUGCAACACACGCGACAAGGAGACGGUGCUCACCAAGUGUUUCCACGUAUUCUGCUACGAAUGUCUGAAGAUGCGUUACGACACCAGACAGAGGAAGUGCCCCAAGUGCAAUUGUGCCUUCGGAGCCAACGACUUUCACCGCAUCUACAUCACCUAAUUCACAGAGAGGCAGAGGAGUGAAAAACAGAAAACCGUAGACGGAACCAAAGGAGAGAAACUGAUAGAGAAAAGACAAAGGAACUGGAGAUUUAUUCAAAGAGGCCGACAGUUUGGGGAUAGCAGAUGAGAUGUGGUUCCCCGUUUUUAAUCUCUCUUUGGAAAGACUUGUUUUACCGAAUCAUUGCCAUUUGGUGACCAAACAGAUAGUGACACAUCUGACUGAGAGUGUUGUGCUGUAGUUAAUAAACGCAUUUGUUUGUGCACACAGUGAUAGUCUUACAUGUUCGUUUGCUCUGGACUGUUUGUUUUUUUUUGUCCUCCCCGUUCUGGCCAUUUAACACAUCCUCUCUUUAAACAAGCUGAGCACACUUUUAAGUAUUUCUUCUUCUUUUUUUUAAUGUAUUGAAAAACUUGGAUCUGCAGAGGUACACGGUGGACCUCAAUGAAGCAUUUCUUUGAAUACUUUUGUCCUGCUGGUUUUCAGAAAUCCCGCAAAAGCAGUGAAGCUGAAAUUAGAACUUCGAAAUUAAAAGAAACCAUGCUUUUAUAGCCUGCAUGUGUGAAACUAAAUAUGCUUCUAAUAUAUGAAGUACAACAGCCAGAGUUGUGCAACUUCCUUGGUUAAGCUAUAGUAUUAACAAUGCCAGAGACACGUCAGCGAGCUUGGCUCUCAGUCAGCACAUGCAGCACUGUUUGGAUCACCUUGGGCAAGGUCCUCCGUGUGUGUUCAUCCUGUUGCCAUGGUUCCUACUGGAGAGUUUGACACAACAUCUGCAGCUUAUAGUGCCUCAUUACGGAUGAAAUCACUGCAGUGGAAAGUCAGCUCAUAUGGGUGUCCUUAGUGGGCUGUGCUGCUCCAGGUCCUCUUAGACCGCUUUCCUAAAGGUUAGCCGUGACAGUAGAGUACAAAAACAUCUGUUUAACAACAUGCUUCUUACCUAAUUGGUCCAAUGAAACCCCUUUUCCUCUGUUCGGAUGAUGUGAACUAUUUACUGGGAGGUUGGUUAGCGUCUGUUUGACGUUAGCGCCUGUGGGGAAAGGCAGAUCGCACCAUGUAACACACACUAAAAGUUCCAGGCUGCAGAGGAAAAAAAGAGUACAUCUGUGAGAAUACGCUCAUCAGGCAUUUGGGAGCAGUUGAGUAAGACCCCUUAAAGAAUUGGCUAUAAUGUCGGCAAAAAUAAUAACUUGAUAGUUUUCAUUAGCAGUGGUUGUUUACUCAUGAAUAUGCAUAACCUGUCAUAAAUAAAUAAGUAGUUU